AUAAUAAUAUUCAUUCAACCAAAAUUUCUCUCUCCUCCUCCUCCGUCCAUAGAAAGAAGAAGACGUUGUCGUUGUUGUUGUUGUUGAAAGCCAGCCAUGGGAUCUCUCGUCGACAACAACCAAAAGAAAACCUUCUUCCCUUCCAAGCCAAUGAAAGACGAGCUCCCAAUCUCUCAAUCCCCCAACAAAGAAAGCCACCUGAUCGGUCUCCGCCGCAGAAUCAUCUCCUCCUUCUCAGUAAAAAUCCAACCUUUAUCCUCCUCCGCCGUCAGCUCAUGGGCAUCGCUUCGCCGCUCGAAGUCGGCGCCGGAGUUGAUCGAAGAGUUUGGCGGAGGUUCGGUUCGGAGAUGGUGGGAAUGGAGCUGGAGCUGGAUACUCUCGAAGAAGCCGGGGUUCGCGAGAGAUCUGGAGAUGAACGAGGAGGAGACGGCGAUGCUCGGUUGCGAUAACAAAGGGAGCCUUCGCCAUCUGUUUCAUAGGAUUAGAUCUGAGCUAAGGAAGCUUGUGCAGGCGAAGACGCUUCCGACGACGCAAUGCGGGUUCAGGUAUGAUUCUUUCAGUUACGCGCAGAAUUUUGAUGAAGGGAAUGCCAGGGGGGAGAUGUGAAGGGGAGGAUGGGAGGGACGGUUAAGUUGUAAUAUUCACAUUUGUUUGUUGCUCGAUGAUUUUUUUUUUGGGUAAGAUCUAUGUCUUGAUUAUUAAAUUGGUGAACUAUUGGUGUGGACAUGUUUGAUAUAUAUAUAAAGAUGGAGAUUUAAUUA